UGAGGCUGAACCACUCCAGCCUUAUUCGCAUUUUCAUGUCUGUUCCGGCAUAUCUUUAUUAUUCAUCUAUUCUCCAACAAAGAGCGAUGUCCAGUACCGUCGGCACUCUGGCUUCCUGGAGCGUUAACAGGUACGAGCAAGAGCAAUGCGUUUCUUGAAGCGCGGCAGCAACCGUCACCUCAGUCUGACGGAAGAUUUGGCUACCGACGAUGUUCCGAAGAAGUAUGUCGUACUCUCACAUACAUGGAAGCAUGGCGAGGAGGUGACGCUUGACGAAUUCAUCAACGGGACGGGAAAGAACAAGGCUGGCUACAAUAAGAUCGAAUUUUGCGGAGAGCAGGCUGCUCGUGAUGGAUUGGAACACUUCUGGGUGGACACCUGCUACAUCUAACGUAUCGAUCUUGGAGCAGAUGCCGCAGAAAGCUGAGCAUUGAACCUCAAGUUUGUGGAUACAGGUUCAGUAGCAGUCAGUAACACUUCACUGAAUAUCUCCCAAGGGAAAAAUAUAUAUUUAAUUAUCACGAUUUUUUAGCAUUCUAUUAAUUGUAACUAACUUAACUAACUUAUAACUAACUAGUUAACUAACUUAGUUAAGUUAACUAACUACUGCAA